AUGACGGGCUCCUGGUUCCAGAAGCAGUUCACCCUGCCCGCACGCUCGCGCGGCUCGUACCUCAUCACCGACGACGUCGUCGGCGCGCUCCCCGAGCUCAAGAACUACAAGGUCGGCAUCCUGCACCUGUUCGUGCAGCAUACGAGCUGCGCACUCAGCCUCAACGAGAAUUGGGACAGUGAUGUCCGAGAAGGUUCGAGCUGGAUUGCCCGUAGAGAGCCAGAACAUGCACUGAAUGAUGAGUUAGAUAUGAGCGAUGCGCUGGACCGCAUUGCUCCCGAGGCCGGCCCCAAGGGCCAGGAGCUGUACCGCCACAGCGCCGAGGGCCCCGACGACAUGCCUGCUCACAUCAAGAGCGCUCUCAUCGGCGCAAGCGUGACCAUCCCGAUUAAGGAUGGCAAGCUGGCGACGGGAACCUGGCAGGGAAUUUGGUACCUAGAGUUCAGAGCCAGCAAGCACCAGCGCCGGGUCGUGGCCACCAUCCAGGGACAGCCCAAGGCAUAA